AUGCUGUCGGAGCAGCGUCUGAAGACCGUCACUGGAAUCCUGACGAGGUGUCGGAAGCGCAUCGUCCUGAACGUAGACGAGUUGAUUCUACGCUUGCCUGUCGAUGCGUCCCUCCAUCACCAGCCCGGCAAAUCCAUCGUUCCGGGAAAAUUCGGGCGAAAUUGUAGGGUAUCGGCUUAUCGCCAGGCCUGCGAUACCUGCCAUAGUCCGUCGAGCGUUCCCAGGCUCCCGACGGAUCUCGCGGCCGAAAAGGCAGACCAUGCAACGGUUUACCUCUCGAGCAAUACGCGUCCUCCUACCUCGCCUUCGCAUUGGGAGAAUAUUGAGCAGAUCUGGGAGGAGCAUAUUGGCGAUAUGGCGGAGACAUUCGAAGACAUUGAUUGGACGCACAUGAACAUCUGA